AUGUGCCCCCCAAGGAGAUCUCGAACGGGAUGUCUAACGUGCCGGCACCGCAAAAAGAAAUGCGACGAGGGCCGUCCAUCCUGUGCCGGCUGUCAACGUAACAGCCUGGAAUGCCAGUGGGAACCGAGCGAGUUGAUUCGGAUUCCUAAACGCCGCCGAGGACGGGCGGUGCGCCUUGCGGAGAAAAAGCUCCCUCACCAGGCCCAAGGAAUGGUGAGCGUGUUCCCCGUCCUAACCCCGGAUAUUGUCUGGCGCCUGCUCGGACACUUCCUCAACGCUAGCCCCAGAUGGUUAUCCACGAGGACGGGAUCGCGAAGGACCGACUACUUGAAGUGGCUCUCUCCGGCUCUCUCUGGCAGCCAUCUGGUCCGCAAGUGCAUCCUCGCAAUCGCUUCCGCGGACCUGCUCAAAUACAACCGGGGCGAUUCACAAAUCCGGCAUGCGACCAUCGAAUACUACGGAGAGGCGGUGUCUAGCCUUAGAAUGGCGAUUGAGGAUGAAAUGUCCGUCGCUUCGUCACCGGAUGGGCCUCAGUCGGACUACACCCCACUCGCAGUACUUUUACUCUGCUUGCAUGAGACGCAAAACUUCACCAACCGCGAGCGGAUACUUCCCCAUCUCAAAGCCGCGGCUUUUCUGCUGCAGAAUCGCAUUUCCUCCGGCAGCAUGGACCCCGCUUUGAGGGCAUACUUGUUUGAGAUGUUUUGUUACUUUUUUGCCCUGGCGGCCUUCUCUCUUGGCACCCAGCUAUCCGGUUCCCCGGCCGAUCGCAUCUUCAGCUCCCCGUCGGUCAUCGCGUACCUCCAACACGGGCAUAUCAUGGGAACUUCUCAAGAUCUAUUCAUCGCCAUAUACCGCAUCGCCCUGCUGGGUCCUAAUCUGAUGUCUAGAAAAUCUGACGAGGCAUCUGUAGCGAGAAGAGAACUGUUUCUCCUGGAUCAAGACCUUGCGAUCUGUGAAAUGAAGUUUAAUCUCCAACAGGAUAUGGGACUGGAACAUCACCAUGAUGCCAUCAUAUCACAAUUGUACUGCUUAGCCUGUCGCAUCCAUAUUGGGAGGCUUCUUGCUCCAUCCGGACUCCGUGGAGAUGGCACGGUUCAGUCUCUGGUGGAUGGCUUCAUCAAGACACUGCAACAUCUCCCUCCAGACUCGCCCUCGCACAACAUUCUGAGCUGGCCACUGGUUAUCACAGGCUUAUCUGCAAGUGUAUCUGCACACCAACGUAUCAUCGCUGCGAAACUAGACAACAUCCACGAAAAUUGGCAAUCGGCCAUUUUCUCGAAAAGCGCAGAAUUCCUGCGAGAAAAGUGGCGCAAAGACAGAAUGUGGAACCGAGGACUUCCCAUUAUCGAUGGGUACGAGCAAUUAUCCAAUCCAGACGGGCUGGAAUGGCAUCAAUGUCCGGUCAUUUUGGCUUGA